ACUCGUAUCGCUCUAUCACUGGUUUGUUUACGAAAUUAGUUAAUAGUGCAUUAGGAGAAUCCGUGCUUUCUAAAAAUGUUAGAAGAUUUAAAACAUUUGUAUGAAAUGCACAAUGAGGAGUUGCAGCAAGUAUUGGAUAAUGUUACUGAAUACCUCCUGAAAAGUAACAAGGUGUUUCACAAAAUUUGUAAAAAUGGGCAAGCUCUACAAGAUCGGAACGCAAUCGCUUUAGUGGCAUACGACAAAUUCUCAUCGUCUAUAUCAAAUAUAUUGGAGAUAGCGCGUAAAUUUAAUUUCCAUUUGUUUGUUAAUGAUUUGGAGAAAAAGUCAACGCGGGUUUUAUUUGAAGCUUUGGAUGAAUGUGAAAGACAUCCAAAAAACUGCAAUGGUUUUAAUGCCCUUCCGGAAGAUUCUAACACUUUAGCCUUAACUGCUUCACCCCCGAAAUCUUCUGGCCAAUCUAAAAAUAAUACAUCUGGAAAUAAUAUAAAAACGGAAUGUUUAAAUUUUAAAUGUGAGGAUCAAAACGUUUAUGACUAUAAAAACUUGUCCAUUCCACCGGCAGAAGAAAAUAAUAUUGUAGCUCUAAACGAACAAUUGCUAAAGGUGUAUUUAAAAAAGGAUUUAUCCAAAUAUGAAGAAGGCAAUAUUUUAAAGGCAUCUGUAAGCUAUAUACAAGAUUUGGAAGCCUUAAAUUUCUUUGUAUGUGAAUCAGAAUCUAAAGAGUUUCAACAAAUUGCAAAUUUGAAAAGUAUGGUGCACCUUAGACAAUAUACAGAUAUUCCACCUAAAAACGAAGUUUUUGGUGUUGUUCUGGACAAUACAAUACUACGAGCGAUUCGAGAAGAACCACUGAAUACGCUUCAUUCAGACGAAGAGUAUACGGUUCUGCUUUUGGACUUCGGUGAGAUAACGGUGAUAGAUGCAUCCAAUAUUACAUAUCGCUUACCUAGUGAAGUAAAAAAUAUUCCCGCCCAAGCAAUACCUUGUCAACUAAAUGGUAUUUAUGGACAAAAACAUCUUUCUCUUAAAGAUUUGCAGGCACGUCUACAGGAAUUAGAGUAUGAAAAGGCCACAUUUGUAAUUAAUUCUAACCAAGAAAGCAUAUGUAAACUUGGCUUAGAACUAAUUACAGAUGAAUUUAAGAAAAAAUCGGCAAUACCUCAAAACUCAACAAAUGUUUUAUCGACGACCCCAAACAAGAAAAAUGCCCAAAAAAAUAUGGGCAACACCAGUCCAUUCCUAACUGAACUGUCAACAACCAUUGAUGACAAUGACGAAGCUAUACCCUUGAGCGCGCUACCAGACAAUCCAAUAUUUGCAAGUGAAGUCGGACACUUACCUAACGGUCUGACCACUGAAGAAAUGGAUAUGUUGGCGGAGGAACCGCUCAAUACGUCAAACGCCAUGAUUGCAGUUAUGGGCUACAAUCCCAAGGACGAACAACGUAUCUGUCGUUUUUACAAUCCAAAAACUGGUGCUUGUUUCAAAGGAGCCAAUUGUCGGUUAGAACAUACUCUGCUACAACCGGAAGGCUGGACCAAAGAUCGCAUACCUGCUAAAACCAUUAUUGACAACUACUUUCCUGUGACGCGCUAUACUUCCGGACUAAUAAUAAACAUUACACCAACACACGUUGGGCAAAUUGAAUAUUUCUACGCUCAAAUAAACGAUCCAGAUAAUCCUAUGGAGCCCCUUAUAUGGACUGACGAUGAUAUUCCACUUUGUAUGCGUUUGACCAAGCCACCAAUGCUAUAUGACAUUGUCCGUGCGCGAUAUGGAGAUGAGCGAUGGUAUCGCGCGAAGAUAAUUGAUUUUGAUGAUUCUGGAAAAAUAUUCAAAGUGUUUUAUGUUGAUUACGGCAAUCAUCAAAAUGUCUCACUAAAACACUUAGCAUAUUGUGAUCGUUCGACGGAACGAAUUCCGUUCCAAGCAAUCCUUUGCCGCGUAGCGGAUAUUAUGCGAAAUCCUGAGGCAUCUGCUGAGCAACGGGAGAGCGGCGUUCGUACUCUAAACGCGCUUAUUCUCAACCAUUCACUUGAUGUCAAAGUUGUAAACCAUUACGAAGAUUUGAUUGUUCGCUUUAUGGGAGCGCAGUAUUCUCAAAUUCCAAAGAGACUUAUAUCGAUGGGUUGCGCAAAGCAAUUUCAUUCAAAUGUGGCUAACAUUACAAAAUAAUACUCGACUCUCAUUACCAUAAAGUGUUCUUAAUAAGUAAUUAUUUAAUGUUAUUAACUUGUAAAGUUUGGGUAAAGUCCCCUUGUAUGUAAACAACUUAUUGGAAUUAAAUCAAU